AUGAAGCGUCGCUUCCUCACGAGGGGCGUUGUUGUGUUGGGAGGAGCUAGGACCCCAAUCGGCAGCUUCCUAGGGUCACUGCGGGGGGUUCCCCCUGCCCGGCUUGCGACUGCUGCCGCUGCGGGGGCUCUCCAGCGCUCUGGGAUCGCGCCCUCUGAGAUUCAGAACUGUGUUGUGGGGCAGGCACUUACAGCGGGACAGGGAAGGGAGGCGCAUCGGCAAGCCAUGUCCUCAGCAGGGCUUGCGCCUAGUGCACCUAUCUAUCGAGUGGACAGCGGCUGUGCGUCGGGCCUCAAGGCUGUGACCCUCGCCGCUGCAUCCAUUUCCCUAGGAGAGGUACACCUCGCUUUGGCUACUGGUGUCGAGUCAACUAGCACAGCUCCGCACCUUCUUCUGAAGACACGGGAGGGCGGGUACCCUCUAGGAGACGGGGCCCUUAUCGAUUCGCUGGUUCUUGAUGUGCAGCAUGUGCCCUCAUUUCUAGGCUUCCGUUUGCUUUUUCUGGUGUCUCUUCAGCAUGCAGACGCAGCCGCUUCCCGCUUGGGGAUCACCAGAGCGGCAUGUGAUGGCUACGCAGUCGAGAGCUUCAAGAGGGCUGCAGACGCAAUGAGCCAGGGCCUCUUUAGGCUCGAGGGACUCCGCCCUGUGUCUACGAUCUCCCCUGAGGUUCCUACGCGCAUUGAGGGUUUCUCUGCCGCACUGCCGCAGCUGCAGGAGCACACAACAAGGGCCCGUCAACAGCAGCAGAAGGUACAGCAGCGGGGCUCAGUGCUUCACGAGGACGAGGAGGUCGGCCGUCUGCAGCUGGAUCGCGUGGCUUCCGCGCGCCCAGUCUUCGGCUCUACAGGCCUGCUGACCCCUGAGAAUUCUUUUAAGCUUGGAGAUGGGGCAGCAGCCGUGGUGUUGGGAGCAGAGGAAGAGACAAGAGGCAGGGGCCUAAGGCCCAUUGCUAAGAUUCUGUCGUUCGCGGACGCUGCUGGAGACUCAGCGGACUUGGCGGGAGCCUCGGAGGAGGCGUUGAAAAGGGCCUUGAGCCUUGCUGGCCUGCAGCGGGCAAGGGUUUUUCUUUGUUAGAGCGACUUGUACGAAAUUCACGAGGCAUAUGCUGCCCUUCCACUGCUUCUAAUGCAUCGCCUAGGCCUCUGCCAAACCACAGUCAACACUCAUGGCGGUGCAAUCAGUCUUGGGCACCCGAUGGGCAUGACAGGAACCAGGAUGCUUCUCUCGCUCAUAUGUGCCCUGAGGGCCCGCGAACUGACGUAUGGCUGCGCAGUUAUUUCGAAUGGUGGGGACUCGGCUACAGCUGUGGUAGUGGAGGCUGUCUGA